AUGAAGACCUUCGCCGCCCUUUCUGGCUUCGCAGCCAUCGCCGUGGCUGCACCGUUCCCAACAGGCUACGGUCUCCCAGCACCAAGCGGAGCACCAUAUCCAGCACACGGAACUGGCCUGCCUCCUCUUCCAUCAGCCGGCAUUCCUCACUUCCCCAUCAACGGCACUUAUGGCCCUCACCCAACUGGUCUGCCAUUCCCGCCAGAUGGCACUGGACUCCCUCUGCCAUCAGGCAGUUUUCCAGACUUCCCACCAAACAGCACUUUUGGACCGCAUCCGACUGGCGGCUACCAUCACUACCCGAUUCCAUACGGUACAGCACCACCACAGCCGCAGGCAACUGGAGUCUGUAAGCGCGAAGCUCAGCUUGGCGAGGGUCUAUCUUUGCACGGAGCAGCUGCGUCGACUAGCGGUCUCAGUGGAAAUUCUGGCCUGGGUUCCGGCUCCCAGCCAAGUGUGUCCCUCUCAACAGGAGGCAUUGCACAGCCGACAGGUCUCGGUACUGGGACCGGCGGCUUCUUAAGUCUCUCUUUGCCGACAGGCGGUGUCGCAGCGCCAACCGGACACGGACAUCAUGACUACGAAGGGCACGCUGCGCCAACGGGUCUGCCAGGUCAUGGAGCACCAUCGGUACCUGCUCCCUUUCCCACUAGCGUCACUGGCGGUGUAGCUCAGCCGACUGGCUUGUCGGAGGUGAAUGGUCAGCGUAGAUACAGUGGCAAGAUUAGUGCGCCUUGGAGAGUACGAAAGAUGCUGAAGAGGACGAGGAUGAAGGACUUCAUGUGCCAGCGACAGGAUUUAGCUUCGACCAACUUUGGAGACGCGAAGCAGAGCAAUCCCAUGCAGUCUUUCGAACAUCCCAUCCCCUCGCUCAACUAG